AUGCACUUUGUCCCUGACGGUCUGGGCAGGCUGUGGGCAGCAGUGUCUGGUCUGGCAGGGCUCCGCGUGCUGGCUGCACGGCUGGGAGUGACCGCGGGCAGGGAAGGAUGCAGUAAAGGGAACACGACUGCUAGCAAACUUCCCCAUGGCGCUGCAGAAAUAUGUGACAAAGGCAAUAUGACUGCUAACACUGCUUCUCAUGUCCAGCCUGGAACCAGUAUCACCCUCUCGUGCCAGCUGAAACCCCUGCGAUACACUGAGCAGUGCAGGAUAGCUAUUUUCUUUAACAGCUCUGAACUAAUUAGCAAUUACGGCAGUUCAGUAAGCACCAAGUUUCUAGUCCAUACAUAUGGCAAACACAUGUUUACGUGCAAAAUAGUUUGUGAAUACAAGAAAAAACUCAUUUGUGGAAUCGAUAUAGAAUCUGGAAAUCCUCCAGAUGAGCCAAGAAAUGUGUCGUGUAUCCAGUAUGGGACAGAUGGCCAUCCCACCUGCACGUGGGAUAAAGGAAGGCUCACAUACAUCAACACUACAUAUGUAAUACAGCUAUCAAAUGGGACGGAUGUCUUAUGUGUUUCAGAAGAAAGUCUGAAUAAGAAGUUUGGCUCGCUGGCUCUGAGCAAGUUGAAUUUUGACUCUACUUACAGCGUUGUGGUUGCUGCCUCCAAUGAGCUAGGCAGUGCUUUUUCACAGCCACUCGUGUUCAUGUUAAUAGACAUAGUGAAACCACAUCCUCCCAACUUUUUAGUGGAAUUUGAAAAUUCUUCUGCGACCAACUGCACCUUUUUUUGGCAUGAGGAAGCACACGUACAGCACUGCAGGCUGAGAUACCGUCCACUUACCAGGCACAGCUGGAGCACGGUUGAAAGCUUAAACAGUGAGAAAUGCAGUCUUUAUGGUCUGGAGCCUCAUACAGCCUACGAGUUUCAGGUCAGCUGUAAAAUUCACCCUGAGCGAGGACUGUGGAGCAACUGGCGUGCGUACCAAACCCGGACUCCAGAAGCAGUGCCGACCGGGCUCCUGGACAUCUGGUACCGACAGCAGGACGUGGACUCUCAACAGCAGAACAUCUCUCUUUUUUGGAAGGCUUUGAGCAAGUCAGAAGCGAGAGGAAGAAUCCUGCAGUACACAGUGACCUUCGAAGCCCUGGGCCAGCGGAGACCCCAGGCAGGAGAAGCACACGUUACCACCCAAACCAGCUACGCCAGAGUCACGCCGAGGGUGGACUACAAGAUAACAGUCACCGCCGAGAACUCAAGGGGCAGGUCCCCCCCUGCAUCCAUCGUGACCAACCUGAGCAUCCAGGACCUACCUCCUCCUCAGAAAGUCUCUGCUGUAGCCAUGGGAAAUAGCAGCAUCCUCGUCAGCUGGAAACCCCCUGUCAGAUCAACUGUGUCCAUCAGCGGGUACGUGGUGGAGUGGGCAGACGCACAGAGGAACACGCGCCUGGAGUCCCAUCCAGCCUGGGUAAAGCUUCCAGCAUCCAACCUGUCCACAGUGUUAGCAGAGCACAUAAAAGAUAAUGUGUGCUAUCAGAUCAGCGUAUUUGCACUCUAUCGGGACAGAGCUGGACAAGUGGCAUCAGUUAGGGGAUACUCAAGAGCAAAAGCACCAUCAGCUGGGCCCCAGAUUUAUACAACACCACGGGCAAACAGCAUCUUGGUUUCAUGGGAAGAAAUCCCUGCCCACCAGCAAAUGGGCUGCAUCAUAGAGUACCAUAUAUACCUGCAGAAAAAGGACAGGGAGGAAGGCCCAGACGUCUACACCAUUUCCAAUGCGACUGCCCAGCGCUCGUUGUACAUCACCGACCUGCAGCCCGGUGAGCACUAUGCCCUGUGGAUGACAGCAUUGACAGCUGCUGGAGAGGGGCCCUGGGGCAACAGCGAGCUCGUCUGCUUGGAAAGUGCUGGGGACUGGAUGACUGUUGUGCUUACCUGCAGCUUCUUCAUCUUGUCAGCCUGCAUUUGUUCUGUGCCUCCAGCAAGAAAAGCAUUACACUCGCUCCUCUCUGCACUUAUGCCGCAGUGGCAGAGCAAAGCCAUUCCAGACCCAGCUAACGCGACAUGGGCUAAGAACUACAUGUCUAUGAAGGCCGAGCUGAGCUUGCCCUCCAGCCUGUUCCUGCAUGGUGCCGGCAGCUUUGAAGAGCCCGAAACAACAGAAGUCGAGGAAGCCUUCGUGAAAGCCGACCCCCUGGCCCUCCAGGACAAGCUCCUCCUCAGCACUGUUGGCAGCAGGGGAAGCGUCUGGCCGCCGGAGAGCGGCUUGGGGCACGAGGAGCCGGAGUACAAGCCUCUGCCCAGCACGGCAGAGGGAGAGGGUUAUGAGCAGCAGCUUCCCGACCUCUACAAGAGGAUAGUGGUGGAGGUGACGGAGCACGCGCAGACCGUUUCCGAGUACAUCACCAACCCCGUCACCGACAAGGCCACUGCGUACCUACCCCUGGUUACAGACACUACUGAAGGCCACCCUGAACUCGAGUGCAAUCCACUCUCCAUCUUCCCAACAACUUUUUUGACACCCGUACUUUCCUAUGAAGGGAAUCUUACUUUGGAUACAGUGAAAAUAAACUAGCUCUUUCACAAGGUAGGCAGUCAGGGUGAUCUAAAGCCUGGCCUGAUAUUUUUGCACUUUACUGAAGUAUUUCAGUGUGUUUCAGUACAGCCAGUCCAGUAA